AUAACAGCAAAAUUACGUCAUCUGAGUACUAUAUUAAUGUAUACAGAUAUUCAUUCCAUUCCGAUCAUCUCCCACUACUCGCUACAAUCUUGAGUUUCAUUUGAUUCACAUACUGAAUUUGAGAGAAAACGAGAUUAGAUGGCAGAGUCAGCAGUUCUUACAGCAGUCAUUAAUCAAGUAGUAGAGAUAGGUGCCAAACUACUUGUCGAAACAGGUUCACACUCGUAUCACUUGAAGGAGGACAUAGAAUGGAUUGAAAGCAAGAUGAGACACUUCAAAUCGUGUCUCAAAGAUGCCGAGUCAAAGCAAGAUGGAAGCUAUGAAGUUGCUAACUCGAUAAAUGACAUGAGAAAUCUUGCUCUGGUCAUCGAGGAUAUUUUGGAUACUUACCUUCCAGAGAUUGAAUCGCACAAGGGAAAGGGACCAUUUCGAUUCGUUAAGCAUGCUGCUUGUAUACUAUGUUAUGGUGCCACUGCAAAUACCUUUGCUCGGAAAAUUGAGAGAAUCAAGAGACGGGCCCAAGAAAUUGAAGCCACUAGAGAAAGAUGCCGUAUAAAUCUUGAUCCGGAUGGAGGUAAUGCAGAUAUGGAUGUAUGGGAUCGAAGAAAAAGGUUUUUAGUUGCCCCGGAGUCAAUAUUCGUCGGUCGUGAAGAUACAUUGCAGGAAGUCAAGGAAAAAUUGAGGAGCUCAAACUUAGAUUGUAAAAUGAUAUGUAUUGUUGGGGACGCAGGUGUGGGCAAGACUACUGCAGGUAAAAAAAUAUAUAAAGAAGUGCAAAAUGAGUUUACUUCUUCUGCCUUAGUCUAUGUCUCAAAUGAGCCUAGAGUCCAAGACCUUCUACUUGAAAUAGCAAAGCAAGUUGGCCUUGAAAAGGAAAAGAUGAAUGAAAAUUUGGAGGUCAACUUGCGUUCUCUGCUCAAUGAAAAAAGGUGCUUAAUUUUUCUUGAUGAUAUUUGGACAACUGAAGCAUGGGAUGACUUAAAAAACGUUAUCCCCAUGAACUCAAGAAAUGGUAGCAGAAUUAUCAUUACUUCUCGACGUACUGAUGUGGGCAGAUAUAUUGGUAGUGAAAGCUCGUUGAUUGAAUUGAAACUUUUAGAUCAAGAAAAGAGCUGGGAACUCUUCUCCGAGUCGAUGAAAUCUUCUUCAGAAAAUAUGAGUGAGAGAUUUCCUCCAAAAGAAUUGGAAGAUAUCGCUAAGAAGAUAGUAAAAAGAUGCGGUGGGUUGCCAUUGGCAAUUGUGGUUGCGGUGGGUAUGUUGCGGCAGAGAAGAAGAAAUAAACAUGCAUGGAAUGAGGUGCUUGACAUCUUGAGCACUAGUUCUGAAAAUAAUUGUUCAAAAAUCUUGUCUCUGAGUUACAAAGAUUUACCUCCUGACUUGAAGCCUUUUUUUCUUUACUUUGGGCUCUUCCCCGAAGAUGAAGAAAUUGUUGUGUUUGAUUUGGUCAAGGCUUGGCUUGCCGAGAAAUUGAUCCAGGAUGACGGAAAUCGAAAUCCUGAUGACAUUGCGGCUGCUAAAUUGGAAAUGUUAAGUGAUAGAAAUUUAAUUCAAGUUUCUAGGAGAGAUUUGGAUGGAAGAGUGAUAAGUUGUCGCAUUCAUGAUCUUCUACACGUUUUUUGCAUCGAAAUGGCAGAGGAGAACAACUUCUUUUGUACAAGCCAUAAUAUACACUCUAAUUCUUUUUCAAUGCUACGUAGACUUACCGUUGACAACACUAGUCAAUAUUCUUUUUCAAAUUCUAAAACUCCAAAACUUCGUAACUUGCUCUGUUUCAGUAACUGGGGGGAAGAAUGGUCUUUGAUUCCUAAUGAGAUAGGAAACUUGAGUAGCUUGACUUGCCUUAAGUUGAGCGGGAAAUUUCAAAAGAUACCUUCAACCAUAAGGAAUCUCAAGAAAUUGGUGACAUUGGAUAUUGGACAAGCACAAUUUCGUUUUCAAUUGCCAAGAACUAUUUUGAGGAUGAAGCAUUUGAAGCAUUUACUCUUAGAUGAUGAAAUGUUUGAGUCUAACAAAUGCACAAAAUUGAAUGUCAGAAAUGAGGUGUGUUUACCGAACAUAAAAACUUUACGUUGGGUGCCUGGUGCCAUUUUGAAAGCUAGAUCAUUACAAAAACUUUCCAACUUGAGACAGCUGGCUUUAUAUGAGGCUAAUGACGAACAUUUAAAUGCAAUAUCUGGUAAAACUCCAAUAUCGAAGAAGCUCCAUAAUUUGGAAUUGUUUGUGAUUCAGAAGUUUAAGAGGUUAAACCUGUCCCACUAUGACCAUCUUACUAAGUUGAUUAUCUUAGGAAGAAUUUUUGUUUCAUUAACGCCCGACAUCAUUGAAUUCCCUCCAAACCUUAUCUACCUUUGCCUUGGACACGCGGUAUUCAUUGAGGAUCCAAUGAAGGUACUAAAGGAACUACCCAGAUUAGAGAUCCUUGGUUUGAUGUAUUGUAAUUACAGCCAAUCAAUCACGUUCGAUUUCUCAGGAGAGAACAGCUUUCCAGAGCUUCAAGUUUUGUCAAUUAUAGGAGUUACUGUAGACAGAAUUCCGGAGUUGAUUGUGGAUCAAACAGGGAUGCCAAAGCUUUACAAGUUUGAGUGCUCCGAAAAAGACUUAAAUGUUCCCGAGAGACUACGUAAAAUAAUGGUGGAGUCUUCCUUGUUCCCGAGUAUUGAAGAGCUUUGAAUCAACAAAAAGAGGAGGCUUAUCAAGGUGGACUUCUUGAGUAUUCAUCUUUUUUACUUGUCAAAAGUGAAUAUGGACAUUAUAGUGCUUUCUUGCUGCACCAAUAAUAGGUGUCGAUGUGUCAUACGAUUUAGUAUCGGUGGUAGUCAUGCUUUUCGUGAGUUUCAUGUCAUUUUAGUGUGUUUUCUUUAGUUUGCUUGUGAGUGAUCAUGUUCAAUAUUUUUUGUUACUUUGUAAAAUAUUUGUCCUUGGACAAUGUUCUCACUUUCUUGACAAUAAAUUUGUAUUUUCUAGAAAUUCACUAUUGAAUAAUCUUAUUUA